ACAGGAUGCUGCAGGCCUGUCGGUGAAAAUUCAGGCAAACUACUGCCAGCCACAGGAACCUGUAGGCCAGCAAGAGGAAGGACUCCCUCACCCCUGCCUGCCAGCUUAGUUCAUCACCCCUUAGAAGUUAAGUGGCUGCUGGGGGUCUUUGGCCCUUGAAAUGAACCGUCCUACUCUCACAGGAAGCCCUCCCUUGUUAGUCUUGGAGCGGGUGCUUUCCUUUGGAACUCCUGGCCUCCUUUUCCUCUCUCUUUAAAUUCUCUGUACUGGAGCCAGUGGGUCUAAAGCCUAUGGGACUUGAUGCUUAUUAUGGAGAGGCCCCUUUAAGGAGAAGAGUACCAAACCACAACAUUCAUUGAGGAAUGGUCAGGGCCUGUAGAAAGGGCCUGUGCAUAAAAUGGAGCCUGGAGCCGGCUGGGAAGGAAGUGGAAGUUUGCAGUCCUCAAUAGGAAGAAAGUACAUAAACUCAUUGUACAGAAUCAAGUGCAUUCUUUGCCUCCAGGAGAGCCAAGCUGCAUUCAUUAAGGAUGGUGUGGAAGAUCAUCUGGCCAUUGCAAAUAUGCAAACUUUUCCUAGUGAUUUUAUGUUUGCCACAUGGGAGAACAAGUUCUGUUUUAACUGUGAAUGGUAAAACGGAGAACUAUGUCCUGGACACGCCAACUGGUGUCCAAGCAUCUCUGGAAUGUGCUGUGCAAAACCACACCAGAGAGGAAGAACUUCUCUGGUACCGAGAAGAUGGAAGAGUUGAUUUGAAAACUGGGAAUACAAUCAACACCAGCUCUGUCUGUGUCUCUUCCAUCAGUGAAAAUGACAAUGGAGUCCGCUUUACCUGCAAGCUGCAGAGCGAUCAGACGGUGUCGGUCUCAGUGGUGCUGAAUGUUACUUUCCCUCCUCUUCUAAGUGGAAAUGGCUUCCAAACUGUAGAGGAAGACAGAGAUGUAAGGUUGGAUUGCAACGUGAAAUCCAACCCCCAAGCGCAAAUGAGGUGGUAUAAAAACAACAGCACCCUGAUUUUAGAGAAAGACCAUCACCAAAUCCAAGAAACAACAGAGUCUUUUCAGUUGUCAAUCACCAAAGUCAAGAAAGCUGACAAUGGGACCUACACCUGUAUUGCUAGUUCAUCUCUGAAAACGGAGACCAUGGACUUCCACCUGGUCGUUAUAGACAAAGUUCCAGUUGUACCAAUAGAGCCAAUCAUUGCUGCUUGUGUGGUGGUCUUCCUGACAUUGGCUUUUGGAUUACUUGCUAGAAGAAAAAGAAUAAUGAAGCUCUGCGUGAAAGAGAAAGAUCGGAAUUCGGACACAGCUCUAUGAGAAAGCUUAGCUGCCACCUAGCUAACACAGGAAGAGUUUUGCAUCAAGACCACUUCAAUUUGUGCAACGUCAUCUGUAUUUAUUGCUACUUUUAAAUUCACUCUGGUCAAAUUGUCAGAGAUUGUGAAGAAGUAUUUAAUUAAUUACAAAGCAGUAGUUGUUGUGACUAAUUUGAUCUACUUAUGGAACUAUUUAUGAAUGAGAUUUUUGAAUGAAUUCUGUUAUGCCCUCUCCUUGAAGUAUAUGUUAAUUAAUUGUGAUUUGUUCCUAAUAGAUUGGUAACCACUUACUAUCUGACUUAUCUAGAUAGAAGACUAACUGACAUUGGGGUUUUCCAAAUCAGUGUAAUAGCAAAAAAAAAAUGAAAAUCAAAGUACAGAACACCUGAGAAUUAUGGCAUUCCUAAGUUGUCAGGGAGCACAGGUAGAUGUCAAUUAUCUCCUGUUUUCAAUGUCAUUUUGUUAAUGUCUUAGGACUAAAGAAGGAAGGCUCUCAUCUCAGAAUGUAAGACAUUCCUUCAAAUGGAAUAAAUUUAGUAUCACGAAA